UAAAUUCAGAAUACACAAAAAGAUUUUCAUAAUUUGCGAUCAGUUGAAAGAUUGAAUACCUAUCUAAUUAUUAAAGUUCAAGAAUGGUAAGUCCAAGAAAAGCCAGUCCAAGAAAAGGGAGUCCAAAGAAAGGAAGUCCAAAGAAGACAUCCAGAGCUGCUAGUCCGAAAAGGGGAAGCCCAAAGAAAAGGAAAGGCAUGGCAGCCAAGAAAGGAGGUGUGAGAAAGGGUGCGAAAAAGAAUACAGCAAAGAGACGAAGAAGCCGAAGAGAAAGUUAUGGUAUCUAUAUUUACAAAGUUUUGAAACAGGUCCACCCUGAUAUUGGAAUUUCAAGUAAAGCUAUGAAUAUCAUGAAUUCCUUUGUCAAUGAUAUCUUCGAAAGAUUGGCUGGCGAGGCGUCGAGACUUGCUCAUCACAACAAGAAACAAACCAUCGCUUCCCGUGAAGUGCAAACUUCAGUACGUUUGUUGCUUCCUGGUGAACUUGCAAAGCAUGCAGUGAGCGAGGGAACAAAGGCUGUGACCAAAUACACAAGUUCCAAGUAGAUGAUUCUUUUGAAA